ACAUAUACUUCCGAAGUUCGUGUACUUGUGGAUACAAUCGUGCUAAAUUACCUUUUGAUUAAAAUGGACCCGACCUCACGUGACGUCAUGUAUAACGUAUAUAAGUGGCAUAUCAUGGGCACGGAGAUUAUCACCAGUUAACCACGCACGUUCUUACCGGAUUGUUGAAGCGCGAGAGAUUACAAUGGACAUCAAACAGGCGGCACUCUUUUGUAUGUUUGUUACAUUGGUGACGAGCAACGCUGUGCUGACGAAUGGGCAAGGACAAGCUGAGCCGCAGACCUUUACAGUUCCAAAGUUCUGCAACAACCUGGCUUGUCCUGCAUUCAUGGUCAUCUCAUCAACAUCGGAGUACGAGGUACGAGAAUAUGCUGAAACAGAAUGGGUAUCCACCAACCAAACCAACAUGGACGGCUAUAGAUACAAUUAUAAUAUGUUCAUGAGGCUGUUUGGAUAUAUCAAAGGAGAAAAUGGGGCAGAUCAGCCAAUAAGUAUGACAUGCCCGGUUGUAAAAAGGAUCAAUCUGAGCAGGGGCCCAACAAUGUCCACCAUGUCAUUCUUUGUGGACCCCAAGCAGAGUCCCGCGCCCGAACCUAUUAACCCCAAUGUGGGCUUAUACACAGUUCCCAGUUUCACAGCCUAUGUCAGGCAGUUUGGUGGCUUCACUAGGGGAAAGAAGGUGUGGCAGGAUCAGGCUGAUCUUCUCGGGAAUGCAUUGAAGCGUGACGGGCUCGAGUUCCGCGAGGAUAUCUUCUGGACCGCUGGCUAUGACUCGCCAUGGAAGUCCCAAAACAGGCACAACGAAGUCUGGUUUCUUCCCAAGAAUGGAAACCUGCCAUUGUAAAACAGUACUCACACGUUACUUUAUGCAAUGCAGACUGUUUUGUUGAAGUUUUCAGCUGAUUUAUAACAAUCAGCAAUAUUUUGAAGUGUCGGAAGAAACUGACCUAUCCUAUUUCAUGUCAAAAUGCGUUUCUAUCAUGUUAAAUUGUAUAGUUUUCUGUUUAAAUACAUGUUGAUUUUCAAAAAGAUCGAAGAAUCAUCCAUAGCUUGCGAACAUUUGAUCAUAUGCAACUGAUUAAGAGAUUAAAUAUAUAAAUACAUUAAUCCAGUUUGUCCUCAUAAAUGUGUAACGUAGAGUUAUUGCACCUGUACUCUUUAUACUAUUGUCAGUGGUGAUGUUUGAUUGUCAGUAGCAUUGCACUUGAUUUUUGCUAUUGUUUCGAAUUUAAAAAAUAAAUAUAUUUUGAGGUUAAUUAUACAUGAUUCUCUGUAGUACUAUUAUCAGGCUUUUACAUAAAAUGAAAAUCUAUCUAUCUACUGGAAAAUCUCAGUUUUAGAGAAUCACACAUCGUCUUUUCUUAAAAUAUUGGGGACGUAUUACAGUGUCAGUUUUUUUUAAAUGAGAACUUUUCCCUUAAAUUCUAUUAUUUCUUUAUUAUUCACAAAACUUUUUAAUUUUAAUAUGAAAAACUGUAGAAUCAAUUCCAGUAGUGUAAAGCAUAAACAAAAACCCAGUUCAAUAGCACAGGGCCAAGCCAGAAACACAGUACAACACCACACAUUUCCCUUAAUUAAGAAUCUCACUGCUUAUAUGAUAUAUUAACCUUAUAAUAUUUAAAACACUUCAUUUUUCAUUAUUCUAUGUAGUAUUCAGUCUUUUAUUCUAAAAACACUUGUACUCUAUUUUUAAUUUCACUAUGAGAAUUUUAGAAAAUUAACCGAAGUUGAGAAAUGACUUAUGAUGUUUUAUUUAUACCAGCCUUGAACAUUUUUGUUUUAAUGUUUUAUUCUGCAAUAAGUAAUUGAAAACUUCUGUCAACACCAUUUGAAAGCAUGUUGUUUUUUCUCAAGAAAUACAAUGAUUCAAAAUUGUACACUAAAGUUGAAAUAUUUUAUAUUUUUCUGAAGCUGAUUCUGUAAAACGUCCAAGCACUUUGUGUUGUACAAUGUAUUUUAUAUGUGGCUAUGUUAUAUGUUCAGCUUUUUGUUCCUAAGCUUCAUCAUUUUUGAACUUAUGUAAUGGUUAAAAAUUGUAAGUAUGUACUUACAAAAAUAAAUGUUUUUAUGAGACACAUGUUACCAUCAAUUUUUUAAAGUACAUACUAACAACCUUUCACUUUUUAGAGGUCUAAAAAAUUUUGUGUAAACUAUCUUCUAAAUGGGCCAGGCACUGUACUUAUCUUUCGCUUCACCUGAUUUAAAUCAAUAACUGCAGUCUGCCGAUUUACUGUUAUGUAUGUAUUGGAAAACUGGUGAAAUACUGCCUUCUCAUUGGACAAAAUAAACUUGUUAACACUAAUAAUUAUAAGAAGUUAUUUGAACUUUUGUACAAACUUCAUUUGGCAAAUUAUUUGAUGGAAGAAAUACAUGGAAAUAAAAGUGAGAGAAAGACAA